CUGCCUGCCGUUCCCUCACACACCAUAUGUCAUUACAGUGAAAAUAAUUUCGUUUUGCGCACUGCCAUCGUGCGGAUUUAUUUUUCCCCGUUUCCCGUGGUGCAAAGUGAAGAAAACUUACCCCAGUCCUUAGCAAUGGGUGACGGAGAGUGUUUAAAUGGUGCACGAUUGAAUGGCGGUUGUGCUGCGGAUGGCGUGAAAACACCCUUUCUAAUUGGCGUUGCUGGUGGAACGGCCAGCGGCAAGUCGACCGUAUGCAAACGCAUCAUGGAACAACUAGGCCAAGCUGAUAUGGACCAUACCCAGCGCCAAGUCGUCACUAUCAGCCAGGAUAGUUUCUAUCGCGAGCUGUCGGAUUUGGAAAAGGCGCGCGCCGAACGGGGUCUUUUUAACUUUGACCAUCCGAGCGCGUUCAACGAGGAUUUGAUGCUGCAAACGCUGCAGGACAUUCUGCACGGCAAAAAGGUGGAGAUUAGCGAGUAUGACUACCGCCGGAAUGCCGUCUCGGAAAAGAAAAUCACCAUCUACCCGGCCGACGUGGUACUGUUCGAGGGCAUACUGGUGUUCUACUUUCCCGCCAUUCGAGAUCUCUUUCACAUGAAGCUAUUUGUCGAUACCGAUUCGGACACCCGGCUGGCCCGAAGAGUUCCACGUGACAUUAACGAACGAGGACGAGACUUGGAUCAGGUGCUGAAUGCGUAUAUGAAUUUCGUAAAGCCAGCAUUUGAAGAGUUUUGCUCACCGACUAAAAAGUUUGCUGACGUUGUCAUACCACGAGGAGCUGACAAUACAGUUGCGAUCGAUCUGAUAGUGCAUCACAUAAAUGAGAUCUUGCAUCCGAGUGGCGGACUCAACCAGAACGGGCAUUAAAUCGCGUGGGGUCGUGUGUUGGUC